CCUCUCCACUGUUACACCCUUCUGAGCAGUGAUCGGUCCCAGCAGCAGAGGGGUCCCUGUGCCCAACAUCUGAACCCAAACCUUCAGAGGGUUGAGAGGCCAAGGAGGGGCCUGCGGUUUGAGUGAGGACAGCUAUUUCGUAAAAGCAGAAUGCUCGCCACAGCCCGGGGCCAGGCCCGCUGAGUCAUGCCUAAGAGAGGAAGGAAAAGUCAAGAGCCCGAAGCCCCUUGGAUUCCAAGCUGGCCCAGGCCUCCAGCGUGAUGUGGCUGAAGUCAUUGCCCAAUGAGCACAGGCUGAGGUGCCCGGGGACACGGCUGCUCGGUGGGACCGGCACUCCCACGGUCGGCUGUCCCAGAGUCCGAGCUCGCUGGCUGGCGGAGAUGCCUGCCCCAGGCCUGGCGAUGGCGAGUGGCCAGGUGCUCCCGGCCUUCCUGCUCUGCAGCGCACUGCUCAUCAUGAAGAUGUACGUGGUAGCUGUCAUCACAGGCCAAGUGAGGCUUCGGAAGAAGGCUUUUGCCAACCCCGAGGAUGCCCUGAGACACGGGGGUCCCCAGUACUGCCGGAGUGACCCGGAUGUGGAGCGUUGCCUCAGGGCUCACCGGAACGACAUGGAGACCAUCUAUCCCUUCCUCUUUCUGGGCCUUGUCUACUCUUUCCUGGGCCCUAACCCUUUCGUGGCCUGGCUGCACUUCCUUGUCUUCCUCGUGGGCCGCAUGGUACACACUGUGGCCUACCUGGGCCAGCUGCGGGCGCCCAUCCGCUCCGUGUCCUACACCCUGGCCCAGCUCCCCUGCGCGUCCAUGGCCCUGCAGAUCCUCUGGGAGGCAGCCCGCCACCUGUGAGCAGCAGCUGACACCUCCUCGGCCACCAGACUGGGAUGAAAGCCACUGUGGCUAUACCUGCAGACUUGGUGUCACUUCCAGAUUGGAUAGUUCCAAGUCCUGGUUUCCUGGCCACCCAUGAAUGAUGGGUCUGGGCCCAGUGGGCCUCUCGGUGUGAGUGUGUGCAUGAAUGUGCGUCCAGGUUUAUGAGACCUUUGAAUUCCUUAGAAAGUUGUUCAGCUUAAAUAACAGAGUGUUAGACAUUGCUUUCCUAGCUGGGCACCAGUGGCUCGUGCUUAUAAUCCUAGCUACUUGAGAGGUUGAGAUCAG